UGCUAUUGUCAUCCUCUUCAAAACAGCCACAUUCCUUCAAGAAAAGAGGAAGAAGACUUUCAGGUUCGGAGGGUCAGAGCAUGUCUUUUGAGUUGAAAGACAAGAUGGAGGUACGCCUGGUGUUUCUGGGAGCAGGUGGAGUAGGAAAGACAGCCCUCAUUCAACGGUUCCUCAAAGACACCUUUGAGCCGAAGCACCGGCGUACGGUGGAGGAGCUCCACAGGAAGGAGUAUGAGGUGGGGGGCGUCAAAGUCACCAUCAACAUCAUGGACACCAGUGGAAGCUACUCCUUCCCAGCCAUGCGUAAGCUCUCCAUCCAGAACAGUGACGCCUUCGCUCUGGUCUACGCCGUGGAUGACCCCGAUUCCCUGGAGGCGGUCAAAAGUCUCAGAGAAGAGAUCCUGGAGGUCAAAGAAGACAAGCACACACCGAUCGUGGUGAUCGGCAAUAAGAGUGACCGCCACAGCGAGCGCCGGGUGUCCAGCGAGGACGUGCUGUCCACAGUGGAGGUGGACUGGAACCACAUCUUCCUGGAGUCCUCGGCCAAAGACGACGUCAACGUGAUGGAGGCUUUUAAGGAGCUGCUGCAGCACGCCAACCUGCCCAGUCGGCUGAGUCCGGCGCUGUGCAGGAGACGGGAAACCCUCCCCAAGGAGGGCAACAAACGGCCUCCCAUGAACAAGACCAACAGCUGCCUCCUCUCAUAGGAAUGAGGAGGAACAGAAGGGACAGACGAAAAACACUGACUUGCAGGUUCUCACUUACAGAGAUGCAACAAGAGGGAAACGAAGCAAGGGGCAUUAAACAUGUACUGAAAGACAAAAAAAAACCAAGCCGUUAAAUGUUCCCUCGUCCUUACAGCAGCUCAUUCGUGCCACAAGAUCGACAUUCGCUGAUAGAAACAAAACCCCCACUGACAGAGAGGAAUGUGGUUAGUCUGUUAUGGUUGAAAAUGUAAUGAAUACAUAAAGAAUGUUGUCAGCGUACGGGUCAGAUGUCACUCAAAGCUUCUGUUUUGACUUGAUGCUGUGAUACUUUACUUCAAAACAGAAAAGUCAUGUGCUGAAAGUGUUUUUGUAUCUUUGUGUGGUUGAACCGCUGUAGUUUUUGUAAUGUAUGUUGCAUAUGUUUGUUCACCAUGUCUCACAGCUCUUUAAAGCUUCAUUAGCAAAACCUCACAAAGUAUUUGGCAUUAAUGUGUGUUUUUCCUUCUCUGCAUCUUUAACCCUUUAUUGGUCACUUGAUGAUGAACUUGGAAUAAAAAAUUCAAAACUGCAGAGUUUUUGAAGAAUGUUAAAGGACUUGUUUACUUUUAUUAUUUUGUGUUUUGAAGAUUUUCUCUGCAUAAUUAUGCGUACUGGACCAAAUGCGGUUACUUGCCCAGUGCAACUUUGAAACCACUUUAUGUAGCAAUACAACUUCUGACCACAUGUGGGCAUGCAUCAACCACUGGCAUAAAACCAAGCACCAACCAUCUGACUUCCAGGUUGAGACUCAUAUGGGACUAAGAUUUGUUGCAGUUCCUCGACUGACCACUAGAGGCUGACUGCAAAAACUUGUGUUAAAAUGUCCAACUUUAGAGCAGUAAUAAACAUAUUUACAGGCUGGUUCAAAAAACCAUUUUUGUUUCAAUCAUUUGAUCUCACAUCCAUAACAACUCUGACGGGGGUGAAUUUUUUGUACCAGCC